AUGAGCCUGCUUAGUAUAACUGUCCUCGGCGCCGCCUCUCCUGCUCCCAAGGCCCGACUGAUACCGUUGUUGGACAGGCCUUUCCGACCCUUUGUAUUGAAGAUUGAUUGCAACACUGCGUGGUGUCCCGUUCGCGCGUACAACAACAACAACAACAACAACAACAUGGCACCGUCGCUUCCGUCUUUUGUCGUGCGGCCGUUCACGCGCGGUGCCGACUUGGCCCGUGGAACAUUGGGCGGCCUAACGUGGGGCCCGGCUUUGGCAGUGGCCAAGCCCGCCAUUCUUUCGGUAUUCUCCAAGAUCGAGGUUGGGACAUUGCUAUUAGUAGACGAGCCUGCCAACACCCGGCUUGUUUACGGACAGAAGCUUGGAUCCAAGGGAGCGGAGCUUACCAAUGGAGAUCAUGCCAUCAGAAAAGCGGAUGCUAUACCCCGGGUCGAGGUGGUCGUGAAAGACGAGGCCUUCUGGAUGCGCCUAUUCCUCUUUGCGGAUAUGGGGUUUGCCGAGUCUUAUAUGUUGGGCGAGUUUGAUUGCGCAGACUUGACGGCUUUCUUCCAGUUGUUUAUCCUCAACCGGGACCAGAUGGGCAACGGCACAACGUGGUUCUCAUCGAUAUCCGGAGCCAUCACGAGCAUUGCGCGGAACACCAAUACGCUUUCCAACGCUCUGCUCAAUAUCUCGGCACACUAUGAUAUCAGCAAUGACAUGUUUGCCGCCUUCCUGUCGGACGACAUGACGUACUCAUGUCCGGUAUGGAAAACGCGGCGAGAGGACCGUCUGGGCGAGGAAACUCUGGAGCAGGCGCAAAUGACAAAGCUACAGCGGUUCAUCGACGGUGCAAAGAUCAAGGAGUCGGACCAUGUGCUGGAGAUUGGGACUGGAUGGGGUUCCUUUGCGAUCAGUGCGGUGCGUCAGACGGGCUGCCGCGUGACCAGCCUGACCCUGUCAAAAGAGCAGAAGCAACUGGCCGAAGACCGCAUACGAGAGGCCGGGUUCUCGAGCAGGAUCGAGGUGAAGCUGAUGGACUAUCGAAACCUGGCAGUCCCGGACAGACCAUUUGACAAGAUUGUGUCGAUCGAGAUGCUGGAGGCGGUGGGCAAAGAGUACCUGGCGACCUACUUCUCGCACAUGCACCGGUUGCUGAAGAAGAAGGGCGGCAUCGCCAUGUUUCAGUGCAUCACCAUGCCAGAGGGCCGAUACGAGGCCUACUCGAAGAGUGAAGAUUUCAUCAACAAGCACAUCUUCCCAGGAGGACACCUGCCGUGCACAACGCAGCUGUUGAACCACAUCAGCACCGAGUCCAAGGGGACACUGGUCAUUGAGAAGGUCGAGAACAUUGGUGGGCACUACGCCAAGACGCUGCGGCUGUGGAAGGAGAAGUUUCUCGACAACUUCGAGUCCAAAGUUGGCCCAGCUCUGAGACGUGAGCAUCCGAGCAUGUCAGAACGCGAGGUGGAAGUCUUCCGGAGAAAGUGGGAGUACUAUUUCACGUAUUGCGAGGCAGGCUUUGUCACCAAGACGCUGGGGGACGUGAUCAUCACGGUGGGACGCGAAGGGGCUUUGGAGCUGAUGGAGGAUGUUCCGGUGUAA